GGGGCAGGGGCGACGGUUAAAGAAGUCGCCCCAGGCUGCGGCGCGGGUGAUGUCAGCUCUGGACAAAAAUAGAGAGGGAUCGCCUGCAAAUCCCCAGCUCCGGCUGGGCUAAACCUUGCAAUCCCUCUUCGGCCGGCGCCGAGCCAGGGCGCAGCGGCCUCCACCGCCUCCCCCGGCGCGCACACACCAGCACACGCGCACGCACGCACACACUCCCCCGCACUCGCACUCCUGGUCUUCCCCAUCCCGCUUGGUGCGGGCCACUCGUGGUACCGGUCUGCCCCGCGGCGAAGCACACAGACACGCACACACACAGGUGGCGGCUGGGACGCGGGGAGUGUGUUCCUGUAGCCCUGCGGCCAGCGCGACCUCGCAGCAGCCGGUGUAGGAUCCCCGCAGCGCCCCUCGGAGCGCUGGCCGCGAGCCGCUCACGGGACCGCGCGCGGUGGAAAGCCAGGACGUGGAUUAGCGCCCGCAGCAGCCUCCCGCGCGCGCCGAGGCGCUAAAGGGCUUACCCAGGAGGGGGGUGCGAGGGCGGAGAGAGGCUGCCCGUUAAAUACCGCUCUCCGCCGCACUCCGGGCUCACCCAGCUCGCCGCCACCGUCUCCAGACCGUGCCCGGGAGGAGGGGGCGUUCCCCACGCCAUGGCAUCAACAGAGGGUGCCAACAAUAUGCCCAAGCAGGUGGAAGUGCGCAUGCACGACAGCCACCUCAGCUCCGAGGAGCCAAAGCACAGAAGCCUGGGCAUGCGCAUGUGCGACAAGCUGGGGAAGAACCUCCUGCUCUCACUGACUGUGUUCGGUGUCAUCCUGGGAGCAGUAUGUGGCGGGCUGCUUCGCUUGGCAUCUCCCAUCCACCCUGAUGUGGUCAUGUUGAUAGCCUUCCCGGGGGACAUACUCAUGAGGAUGCUGAAGAUGCUCAUCCUCCCUCUCAUCAUCUCCAGUUUAAUCACAGGGUUGUCAGGCCUGGAUGCUAAAGCCAGCGGCCGCCUAGGCACGAGAGCUAUGGUGUAUUACAUGUCCACGACCAUCAUUGCCGCCGUGCUGGGGGUCAUCCUGGUGUUGGCCAUCCACCCAGGCAAUCCCAAACUCAAGAAGCAGCUGGGGCCCGGGAAGAAGAACGACGAGGUGUCUAGCCUGGAUGCCUUCCUGGAUCUCAUUAGAAAUCUCUUCCCAGAGAACCUGGUGCAAGCCUGUUUCCAACAGAUUCAAACAGUGACAAAGAAAGUUCUGGUGGCACCUCCAUCUGAGGAGGCCAAUACAACCAAGGCUGUCAUCUCCAUGUUGAAUGAAACCAUGAACGAGGCCCCUGAAGAAACCAAGAUCGUUAUCAAGAAGGGCCUGGAGUUCAAGGACGGGAUGAAUGUCUUAGGUCUGAUUGGAUUCUUUAUUGCUUUCGGCAUUGCCAUGGGGAAGAUGGGUGAGCAGGCCAAGUUGAUGGUGGAGUUCUUCAACAUUCUGAAUGAGAUCGUGAUGAAGUUAGUGAUCAUGAUCAUGUGGUACUCCCCUCUGGGUAUCGCCUGCUUGAUUUGUGGGAAGAUCAUCGCCAUCAAGGACUUAGAAGUGGUUGCUAGGCAGCUGGGGAUGUACAUGAUCACGGUGAUCGUGGGCCUCAUCAUUCACGGGGGCAUCUUUCUCCCCUUGAUUUACUUUGUAGUGACCAGAAAAAACCCAUUCUCCUUUUUUGCUGGCAUCUUCCAAGCCUGGAUCACUGCUCUGGGAACCGCUUCCAGUGCUGGAACUUUGCCUGUUACCUUCCGUUGCUUGGAAGAUAAUCUAGGGAUUGACAAGCGUGUGACCAGAUUCGUCCUCCCAGUGGGAGCAACCAUUAACAUGGACGGCACAGCCCUUUACGAGGCCGUGGCAGCCAUCUUCAUAGCCCAGAUGAAUGGGGUCAUCCUGGAUGGAGGUCAGAUUGUGACUGUGAGCCUUACGGCCACCCUGGCGAGCAUUGGUGCAGCCAGUAUUCCCAGCGCUGGGCUGGUCACCAUGCUCCUCAUUCUCACAGCCGUGGGCCUGCCGACGGAGGAUAUCAGUCUGCUGGUGGCGGUGGACUGGCUGCUGGAUAGAAUGAGAACUUCAGUCAAUGUUGUGGGCGAUUCUUUUGGGGCUGGGAUUGUCUAUCACCUUUCCAAGUCUGAGCUGGACACUAUUGACUCCCAACACCGAAUGCAGGAAGACAUCGAAAUGACCAAGACGCAGUCCAUUUACGAUGACAAGAACCACAGGGAAAGCAACUCUAAUCAGUGUGUCUAUGCCGCACACAACUCUGUCGUAAUAGAUGAGUGCAAGGUAACUCUGGCGGCCAAUGGAAAGUCAGCUGACUGCAGUGUUGAGGAAGAACCUUGGAAACGUGAAAAAUAAUGACCCGAUUCUCAGCCAAUUCUUGAAUAAACUCCCCAGCGUAUCUUAUGGUAAAAGAUGCUCUCUAAACAGGCUUCCUUUACAAAAGGAAACAAUGCAUAUAUUUCUAUGUUUACUUAAUCUGUUAGCUGAGGCAUAGUGGAGCUGUGUACACCCGUGAUGAUAGGCACCAUGCUGUGUCUUUGCCAAAUAAUGCUUCAUAACUGUCUAAUUUUCUUACUUGUGUUAUUGUCUGAAUGGACGUUGCUGGAGAAACCACUUUGAAUGGAAGAUGUGUUCUUGCCAGCUUCCUUUUGUCUCAGUGCAAAACUGUGGAUGCUAUAUUUUUCAAGGGGACAGGAUGAAAGCAGUGUGGUGGUACCCUCCAGGGACUUGAGACAACGAGCACACAUGGUGUUGUCUUCCUUAAAGUGUUCAUGGCUCACCUUGUUCUACACAAAAGAUUCUGCUUGAAGCUUCUAGAAGUACCUCCCCUCCAGCCUGUAGAGUUGGCACCUACAUUGAUGGAAAGCAUCUGUCUGGGGGAACUCUUACAACUUACCUUUUUGUGCACUGUCUAAGUAGAAUGUUUCAGAGUUUCAGUGGGUGCCCAUACUCUGAAAUUCAGGUGACCAUAGAGGCCACAGCUCUGCCUUUCUCUCUCUCUCUCUCUGUGUGUGUGAGUGUGUGUGUGUGUGUGUGUGUGUGCGUGCGUGUGUCUGAUGUGUAUUGUGAAAAAUGGGAAAUUUCAAAUUUGAAAAUGAUCUAGGAAUCAUUUGCAUAUUAUCACUGUAUACCUUGAGGAAAGUGAAGGAGCAUAGUCAACUUGAAUUUUAGUCAGAAUUAAAUAUUCCAGUUCUCUUGUUUGACUUGCACUCGAAGAGCAUAUUGAACUCAAGUGUGAUGAUCUGAUCUGGGUUUUUGUUCCACCCAUAGAUUCUCACUUGAGUUCCUCACCAAAAGAUAUUUCCAACAUCCAAAUCACAUCCGUCACAUCCUCGUCUGCUUAUAUGGCUGAGUGCUUUAGCCUCCUCAUAUUAAGAGACACACGUUGGCUAUGACUCUUCCUAUCAUCUUGGUAUAUAUCUAAUAUGUAGAAAGUGUUUUGUUAUAUUAAAGCACAUGAAAACUAUCACAAAACACAAAACGUCUUUGGUGAGAAAGGAACAGAAAGCAAACAUGUGUAUAAAAUCCUAUAAAGGUUCCUAUGACAGAGACCACGCAGUUUCAAACCAUCAAAUGGGGACCAAGAAUGGCUCUAUACAACUUUCCAGAUAGAAUCCUUUCCAGGGACUAUGAAAGUCUAAAGGAAGAAAUAAUAUAAUUGGCACAGCACGAUGGUUUGCCUGUGGUAGGCAGCCAACGAAUCCUUAAUGAUGGGUUGUGCAAGCUAAAAUUGUGAAUGUCUCUAUUAUUAUCUUCUGUUGAAGAAUGCACAGUAUUUUCCUAAGAUCCUGGGUUUAAUGGUUAGCUGGGAACUUGAACCACUGAAAAACAAAACAAAUUCAACUUGAAGGAGUGAUAGAAGCUGAGCCAUCAGCCAGCGCAUGUGUGUCCUCUGAGGGAAGCAGAGCUGAGGAGACAUUCAAAAGCAGUAAUAGGACCCAGUGCCUCUGAAGAAGGGCACUGGGCCAUUGCUUCUCCUCUUAGCCUCUCUUGUGACUUCUCUACUUCAAAUCUGACAGCUCAGACACAUAGAAAAGACAAGAGAUUCCUGUUGCUUUAUCUCAUAAACCCUAACUAUUUUUAAACAAGGAACACUAUUGAGCAGUAUUAAAUUAAUUAGUUUGUUCUGUUUCAGGUUUUGACUUUUGAAAAACAAGGUCUUAUUAUGUAGCCCAGACUGGCUUCAAACUCUCACACCUCCUGCUCAGUCUCGGUUCUAAGAUCACAGGUGGGCACCACUGCUUCGGCUGGCAGAACUCUUGUUUAUGUUCUUCUGAGGGACACUGCACAGGGUAGCCGUAACCACCAGUGGAACCCUGAAGGAAGACAAGAAGGGCCGAAGGGAUUCCGCUUAGCUGUGGAACUAUUCUAGAUAGUCUGUAAGUGGUACCCCAGGGCUUUCCUAUGCUGAGUAGAUGUAUCUAGGCAAGGCAUCCAGGAGCAUGCUGGGUUUUGCUGUGUCGGGGAGGGAAAGGCCAUUCUGUACAAUGUGUCUCCCCAUACAAGAAGAAACAAGGCCACCUGGGUACUGGAACAUUGCCCUUUCCUCAAAAGCACUCACAGGAUGGCAGUGUUUGUCAUCUCAGAUUCUGCCUGAAAAUCUGUCUAGUUUGUCUGUCUUCAGCUCUCCCCUUGCAGUCCUGUGAGCAUAUGUAAAGAAGGCAGGGCUUUCAGGAGAACAAAAGCACACUGUUUCACAAGUCAGGUUUUGCUGACUACAUAUGUUGUCUCAAGAGAAUAUGCUAGGGAAAUCACAUUUACUGGAAAUUUAAUACAUUUUAUUAAAAAUAAAUAAUUUAUCAAAUUGGAGACUUCCCUAAAAAUCUAGGACGUGGUGGACUUGACAUAGUACUGUGUCUUGCUUUUGUAAGCCUUGUUAACCCUUUCCAUGCCCUUUGGAGAUUCCCUUGCCUAGAAAAGGUGCAGGAAGCUGAAAAAAUAAAACAGAUCCAAUUUGUGUUCUAGUAGCCUUAGUCUAAAUAGGGUACCUGUCACUGUGUGUGUGUAUUAGUAGAGCCAUCGUAGAUCUGAAUGCCCAUAAUGAUGAUUAAUCUUUUAUGUGUAGUUCUCUCUCUGUCUCUCCCUUUCAUACACACACACACACACACACACACACACACACACACAGGGCGUGUGUCACAUACACUAACUACAGGUACCAGGGAGGUUUGUAUAUUGGGGCUUUGGCAGUGCCCUUCCUUUAACGGAUUCAGUUAAUACUUUCAAGGAAUCAAAAUCAUUUCAGGAAAAAAAACAAACAAAUAGGUGAGCAGACGUUCAUGCUUCCCUUUUUCAUCCUUUCCCUACAAGAAGUAAGACAUAUCAUCGUUUUAUUAACUGCUGAGUAAAAGUCAACAAAGUCAAUUCAGCCAGUGAACAGAGUGGUUGUUUUGAAAGUAAAAUUUCACUGUGGGCUUCUGAGGGUGGCAGGACACCAGAGAAUCCAGGCAGCCAUCAGGACCUAAGCACACAAAACCUCAGUAAAGGCCUGUAGGUGAUUUUUAGGACCAUGAGAUCACUACCAGAUUUGAUUUUUAACCUUUUUUUUUGGUGGGGGUGGGGGAGCUGGGGUGUAAUAAAAGCCUGUGUGGCCCCAUUGCCUGUAGAAGGUUUUAUGCUCUAUAAAAGGUACAACUAGCCUUUUCUCCUCACUAGUCACUAGUUAGUUGGGACAUUCACAGAGCAAAGGAAGGAUGCCAAAAUGUCCCCAGCUGAAAAUGAAGAAAGCUCAGAACUGUGUGCGAGGAAUUCAGUUUAUGGGUCAGUCCCUGCUGGCAGAUGCUGGGAUCUCAGUGGUUCGCUGAUUAGGGUCAACUAUGGCUGGAAAAUCACAGCACAUAGAAGUGCACGUAGUCAGAUGCCCUUCAGAGAGCUGAAAGGCCUCAGAAGAAAACCCAACCCUGCCUUGCUUCUGUGAGUAAUCUUCCCUUUGUUCUCCAAAGUAAAAAUCUUAUUAUAAUGUUCUCUUUUGUCAGAAUCUAGGCUCUUGCCUAUGCAUUAUUUUCCUCAUGCAACAGAGCAAUAAACCCGAAUAGGUAUUCGAAUGCUUCUGGCUCAGAUAAACAAGCCUGAGCAGCUCAGGCCUCCUUUGAUGACUAAAAUGGCAGCGGUUACAACCCCAGGGGGCAACCUGCCCUGCUUGCUGCUCUCUUCUCGGACCAAUCUGUCUGCCCUGCUUUUUCUUUUUUUCUUUUCUGCUUAUUCUGCAGCUGAACUCAUCAUCUAUCAGUCAAGAAGAAGGACCAGAUGGGAUUUUCCAGUAUUGGGAUGCUUUCGGGGCUUCGGGGCCCAAGGGUCUUAAGGAGAUAAGGUUAGAGUCUGAAGCAAGGGUUUCCUAAACCAAGUUGUCACUGAAGAUUCAUGGUCUUGGCAUCUACAGUAGUCUCUGCUUAAACCCAAAAGAAGGAUCACUGUGUGCCAACCCAGCCAGGUGGCAACUGUGACAGCUAGUUUUCUGUAGGUGGAGUGAGAUUAAAGUCUCAUCAAGAACACCAACCAGUUUAGGAUUUUCCCUAAAACUCUCUUCCCAGUUCACUGCCCUUGCCCUUCCCUUUCCUCUCCUUUCAUUGCUUAAGUGACUGUUUAGUAAAUGGCCAAAUAGUUAAGAGGGGCUUGGCUUGGAAGCAGAUAUCAGCAGAUCUUAACUGAAUAGUAAUAGCCAGUCUCAGAGCCUCACACCAUAAUCAGGCAAUGACACAGAGAUGCUUCAAAACAACGUGGCUUGGGAGAGGAAACAUUUGAUUAAGACACUCUCCACUUAUAAGGCUCACACAAGUCACUGUGUGCCCAGGUUUCUUACAUUUCCUUCUGAAAUGAGAAGGGAUUGGACCAAAUGCAGUUUUCUAAUCUCCUUCCAUAUUACUGCUCUCAAACAUGGCUUCUUUAUAUUGUAAGUUGAAAAGACACACAAUAAUGAAUAUUCAAUUUAGAUGUUUCCUGUCCAUUUUGAGAAAACUCCAACUCAAGCUUCCAUUCAUUCCAUAUUUUACAACAAGCUUGGAGAGUGGCCAUAGUAACCCAGUUUCCAGCAUUCAGACAUCAGUAAAUAUCCUUUGGUUAAAAUCCCUAUUCCCUAAACUCACUGUUCUCACAGAAGCAGUGAUUUUGCUCAGGGAAAUGUUCUGCAGCAUCACCGUGAGCGACCAGACAUUGCGCGUCUGCAUUUUGAGUUCUUGCAUCAUACCUGCUGUAGCAACAGAGCCCACUCCAAAUACUCAGCCCACAUCAUUUUCCCCAAACAGUCCUAAUUGCCAACCCUGUGUGGGAAUUUGGGAGCCUCUGGCAAGCAAGCUUGAACACUCCUGACAUUUGGUGUAAGAUUUGCACAACAGCAACGGUCUCCACACACCUUUCCCACCACUUGCAUACAGACAUGUGCAUCCAUUCUGAGCCUUCCACCACCCCCGCCCCCUGGAGAGAUGUGCAGGAGGAUUUGAUUGAUUUCAUUAGAAAGUUCUCCUCUUGAUUUACAUGCAUAACAGACAUCAUAUCAUUGGGAAAGAUUAUGUCACUUAUAAGAAUGGAGUUUUCCCCUUUGCCCCAUCCCUUUCCAUGUUCACAGUGUCUAAGUCAUUACAGCAGAGAGGGGUGGCUGCACCUUACCCUCCCUGGUUCUGUUAGUGAAGGUCCUAGCUUGCAUUUUUGCUCUCUGACCAAAUUUCAACCAGAGUUAAAUUGAUGUAUUUAUUGUGGUGAACAUCUUCAUUGCCAGAAAAGAUUUCAGCUCUUCAGAUUUGAGGGAGUAUAGCCUGUUCAGAAAAGGCUAAUUUUUGUUGGUGGUGAUGGUGGUUGGGGAUUUACUCCUCUCAAGGUGAUAGAAGAUCUAAAGUGAGAGCAGAAAGAUGUUUCUUAAUUGACCUACUUAAGGUCACUGCAGAAAGUGUGGGGGGGGGGGAGUCCAGAAGGUCCUAGGAGAUUGGGUUCACACUAACACUCUGAAUCUGAAUCAUUUCUGAUCAGUUUUUUUCUAUGCUGAAUCUUGUUUUAUCCUAUGAUCCAGUUACCAAUUUUGGUAUUUUUAAGUCUUUCCAAUUGUAUUUUGAGGCUGAGAAUAAAAUCUACUAUUGGAACAGACUUGGGCUCUGCAGAGGCAUCACGUGACACAGACAACGGGUGGCAGAAUAUCUAGGUUCCCCUGGAGACACCCCCAAUCCCUGGGUGAGCUUUAGAACCUAACAACCGACUGUUAUCCUUAUCACCAUCCUCUGGGACAUGGGGGAUGAUGCAGUCAGAGCCUUACUACUUCUCGGCUUUGUUCCUCCCUAUGGCAACCAUUUUAUCCUGCCUGGAAAUGGCCUCCUGCCCUAGGUGGGGGGCAGGCACACUUACAGCCAAGGAAGUGGUCAAACAGAUCCCUAAGUUCUCUCCAUGCUGCAACAAAUUCCUUAAUACACAAACCCAGAAACUCAGCUCCUGGGUGGCUUAGUACCCAUAAGGUCACUUUCCUGUUCUAAGAGCCUUCGGUAUCCAGAUUCUUCUACAAACCACCUCAACUCUUUCCUCUUUCUUCCCUCCUCCAUAAAAUCUCAGCAUCCCACCCCCACAUUGCACAACAAUGACCAGAUCAGCUGGUCACUAUAGAGAUUUGUAUAUAUUAAAACAAACCUACUUUUUGGAGAAUUUUUUUGUAUAUUCUUUUUCUAUUUGUUUUCUACAGAUUGAGGACAGAGCUGGCAAACUGUGAAUCUAAUUUUAUCUUGAUGCCAGCAGAUAUAUUUUAGCUUCCUGGUAUGAAUCUGUGUUACUAGGGACACCAUAUCACCCUCUGAUCAGUAUUGCACCUCCAAUCUACAAAGUUAGUUUGGCCCAAUCUUACAUUCUUUCUUCCACAAAUCCCCAAAUUUCUUUGCUAUUAUUUAUACAGAGAAAUAUUUAUAGUCCUGGAUAUUACAAGUUUUAAUGUUAAUUUAACUUUUAAUAACAUUACACGUUUGUAUCUACUCUUCAAAAAUCAUAAAGACUCGGAGUAGGCUAAUAUAGUCUCUUUGGUAUCUGUAAUUUUUUCAGACAGAUAUUUUCUUAUGAUAUUUUCUAUACAACCACAUAGAUAGAAGUAUAGCUAAUUAGAGCACACAUUUCUAUAGCAAUUUGGGGUAUCAACUGUUUCCUGAGCAUACAGACACAUUUGAGAAAUUUUGGAACUCAGUCUUUAAUGAUGCAAUGAAUAACUUGACCAAACUCAGAACAAAGAAUUGCUUAAGCCCCUUAGGUAGUUAGCAUAGGCAUUUGAGCAGUUAGCCCUUCAGCAUCAAGGAAUGGUGCUGACUGCUUUUUUCCAACAUCAGUUCUUGUUUUCCCAAUCGACCUUUCCAAUUUUACUUUCCCAUAAGAUUAAUAAAGGCCGGUGCUAAUAGCAGGACUGCCUCUCUUAUCAGAAUCCCCCAUGCAUUUCUAGAUGUUUAUGUGAAAAUUGACCUAAUAAAACAUAGAGUAGCAAAGACUGAGGAUGAUUAGUAAGUAAAGAAUUCAGGACAGGUUUGGUGCAGUUUUAAGUCUUGCCAAGCAAAAUGAUAGCAAAACCUCACAUUGUUAUAUGAAUUGAACAUAUAUUUUUAAGAAGAAAUUAAAGACAACAUAUUUUUAGUACCCAUUCAGAAUCCAUGCUGUAUCACUGAGGGGGGCUGGAGCUGGGAGUUAGAGUCAUACUGAGAUUAUUUAGCAUAAACUCAAAUAGUUUAUCCUCAGGUAGGCAACAAACUUAUUUAACCUUCCCACAGGUAAACCAGUAGCCACAGAAUAGACAAGGUGUCUCUUCUCCACCGAACACACUCUCUGCAAUGGUGGGAGGACUGGUGUUUUACUGUGUUUGAAAGAAUAGCCUGUUACAUAGAUGACAUAGUAGGAUGUAUUCAACCCUGCUCCUCAUUAAGCGAACAGAUUAGAUGUGCCCUCAACUGGCUAAGAUUGUAUCUGUUUUCACAGCUAGCUAUCAGAGCAUGAGUUUCUUGUGUGUACACGCUGAUACUUGGUUCACGCAUGAAGACAGUGCCUAUGCACUUUGUGUAGCUAUCAUGUAGGUAUUUGUGUGUAAUUUCAGUGAAACAAUGUAUAGAUGUAAUUUAAUUUAACUGUUUUUCUUGGCUGUUUAUCUAAAUGCAAUAGAUGUGUCGAUUGCCAUUGGGAAACCUUUCUUUGCAGUCUUAGGUAUCGUCUAAGAGUUAUUUCUCUUUCUCAAUGUGACCUGAGUGAAGAACUUACCUAUGAAACCUCUGUACUGAUGAUUGUUUGCAAAUCUCUGAGUCCAGCACCUUUGUAAAUACAGCCCCAAGCAGGGAUGGGGGUGAAUGUGUUUCCUGUUACUCAGUGAAGUAUCAUCCUAUGCCUGCAUCAUUCCCACUCAAUGUACCAGUGGAACUUGUGGUUACCAAGUCUGAGGGAGGUUUAGAAUGUAGACACUUAUCGCUCCUCCCUCACCAGUGGACUGGGCUUAAAGAGACAGAAAAAAAAAAAAGUCCAUCUCCUCAUACUCAAAUCGUGUCUUUGGGGGGAAGGGUCAACCUCUCUGGUUGUCAAAUCUUCAUCAUGAUGCUGAUCUUCAUCAUGGCCUAAGAUUGUGGAGAACCUUGUUACCCUUGACUUCCUGAGUUGGAGUAUAAGAGUGUUUUUACUGAUUACCAGUCAUGCAGGUGAGAUUCCCCCCCCCCCCACGCGCGUUCCCCGGAAAGCACAGUUCUGGCAGCAAAUUGCACACCUGUGAGAAAACAACAGAGUACUAGAAGCACACCAAGGCCCAGGGCCAGCAAUGGCUGAGGACCAGCAAAGGCCAACGGCCAACCUUGGCAUUGGCAGAGGACCAACCUCUGACACACUGAUCUUCAGUAUGUGACAGGAGGCUGAUCUCCUCUACCCGGUCUGCUCUUUGCAUUUGUGGAAUGGGUGGAGAUGAGAUUAACAGUGGCAAUUAGAUGUGAUUUCACAAACUGCAUUCUCACUAAAUGCCAUACUUUGUAGUUCCUGUAACCCCUGUCUUCCCCACAAAGACACUAGAAACAGCAGUGUGCUGGAGAGUACCCCUCCCUUUUCUCACAGAUCAUGGAGAUGUGAAGCAAGCACACUCGUUUUCAGGGGCUUCUCCAGAUGUGUGGAGUGAGGGGGUGUGGAGACUGUGCCCUUCAAAUUCUGGAUGAAAAAAAAGAAAUGUACAGAAAGGGAAGGAGACUUUAGGCAGGAUUAUUUUUUGAAUGAAAGAUCAGAUUAAUGUUUUCCCUCCCGCUCACAGUCCCUGAUGGUCUGGUGUCAUGUAGCAUAGUGCAUCUAUAGCACAUGGUAUUUAAAGACUAAUGACUGCAAAGAGACUAAUUUGGGGGCUGUUUCUUAUAUAUGGAACUAGGAAAUGCCUUGUUGGCAAAAGCACACCUUGGGUAGUUGAGAUCUCCUGUGUUCGUCUUUAGCUUUCCCUGUGAUGUAGACUCAUGACUGUAACAUUUCAUGUGUAAAAAAUAACUGGAUAUUCUUCAUAUGAUGGUAAUAACCUGUGAAUUCAAUUUUUCACUAAGUGUUUUAACUACUGUGUAUAUAUAUAUCUCAUCAAUAAAUGUAGAUUCCAAUUUCU